GCUAUUCACCUCUAGAUGACGAAGUCAUCUGUGCAGUGCCAGACUAUGAGAAGUAACGGGUGUUCGAGGUCAAAGAUGAGGCAUAUAUAUAUGAGGCUCUUACUGCACAGCGUCAUUCACUCCAAGCAACUCCACACCAUGUGGCGGCCUCAGAGACUUGGCGUGCAUGAAGCUGUGAUAGCGGCACUGGCGUUACAGGCCUGGGUGCACGGGUUUGGUGUCCAUGGUAACGGCACCGGGCGUGUUUUCGUAAAUCGUGACCAGGACUCACCCCAGUGUCAUCUCACAGGCGAACACAGGAGUGAUUGUUACCCAGAGACAGGCGUCACAGAGGCUGCCUGUUUGUCACGUGGUUGCUGCUGGCAGACUACCAACGUGAAGGGCGCCCCCUACUGUUUCUACCCGCCAGGGGAAGACUACUCUGUACAGAAAGUAAUAAACAAUGGCAGGUCCGUGCUGUUGACAAGAAGCCAACAUACCCACUGGCCUGAUGACGUUAUGGAUCUACAGGCUGACGUGGUCGAGGAGACAAGCAGUAGACUCCGAUUUAAAAUAUACGACCCCAACAACAAGCGCUAUGAAGUUCCUCUACCGCUCAACAAGGCAUCCGGUUCUUCGCAACAAACUGAUUACUCCUUCACCAUCGAGCACAACCCCUUCGGCCUCACCGUCACCAGGAAGUCAACAAAGAGUGUUCUGUUUGACGCGAGUCUCGCUCCUCUGAUCUUCUCCGACCAGAUGCUACAGAUCUCAGUGGGGGUGCCAACUACCAACUUGUACGGCAUCGGAGAAACCAGGAAGCCUUUCCGGAUCCAACUGGAGCAGGGUCCUGGCUAUUCCCUCUGGGCUCAUGAUAUCAUCCCGGAGAUCAACACGAAUAUGUACGGCAGCCACCCAUUUGUGGUCGGAAUAGAACCAAACGGCGACGCAUUUGGAAUAUUUCUCAUUAACAGCAAUGCUCUACGUAUCGACGUUAUUCCAACCAAUCCCGUGACAAUUCGCUACCGCGCCCUUGGGGGAAUACUGGACUUCUACGUUUUCACUGGCCCUACGCCGGAUGACGUCAUCGAUCAGUACUGGACUUUGAUUGGACAGCCACCACUUCCGCCAUACUGGUCGCUAGGAUACCAUCUGAGUAGGUGGGGAUACGGCGGAACAAGCGGGAUGAACGCAACCAUACAAAGGAUGAGGAACAAACAGAUGCCAUUUGACACCAUCUGGAACGACAUCGACUACAUGGUCAAAGAGAUGGACUGGACCUACGACCACACGGUGUAUGGUCAGCUGCCGGACCUUGUUAAGGAUAUACAUAGUCAUGGGGAGAAAUACGUCAUCAUCUUGGAUCCCGGCAUCAGCAACACCCAGCCCAAGGGUCAGUAUGCCCCGUAUGACGAUGGCAUAACAGAUGAUAUCUUCGUGAAGACUGCCAACGGAUCUGCUCCUUUAGUGGGGGAGGUGUGGCCGGGGAAGACGGUAUUCCCAGAUUUCUCUCACCCUAAGGCUGAAGCAUGGUGGCAGAAACACGCCCAGAUCAUGCACGCUCAACUUCCAUUUGAUGGCAUCUGGAUUGACAUGAACGAACCGUCCAACUUCAAGGACGGGUCUGUGACAGGAUGUAGCAACAACUCUCUGGAAAACCCGCCCUAUACACCACCCCUGAAUGGGAGCAGCCUCAUGCAGAAGACGUUGUGCAUGUCAUCCACGUUCCACGGAGGACUCCACUACAACCUGCAUAAUCUGUACGGCCACUUCGAGGGCAAAGCAACAUACAAUGUUCUAAAAAAUAUCAUCGGAAAGAGACCAUUUGUCCUUUCUCGUUCUACUUUCGCCGGAAGCGGAAAUUACGUCGCACACUGGGAAGGAGACAACUUUGCUGACUGGUCAGACUUGUACUACUCUAUACCAGAAGUUCUCAGUUUCAACAUGUUCGGCAUCCCCUUCACCGGCGUGGACAUAUGUGGGUUCAGAGGCGACUCAGACGAGGAACUGUGUACAAGAUGGCUACAGCUAGGCGCCUUCUACCCUUUCAUGAGGUCUCACAACGAGAAAGUGGCGCCGGACAAAGAUCCCGCAGCGGUGCGAUUUAGUUCCGCUGCGCAUGACCGGAACCGCGAGGCCCUGAGGCUCCGUUACCGCCUUCUCCCCUUCCUGUAUUCACUCAUGUCCAUGAAGAGGGCAGUGGCCAGGCCCCUCAUCUUCCAGUACCCGACUGAUUCCGCCGCCUACAGCAUAGACAGACAGUUCCUGUGGGGAGACUCGCUGCUCAUAAGUCCUGUGUUGGACAGGGGGAACAGAACAGUGAACGCCUAUUUUCCUAAAGACACGUGGUACGAUUUCUUCACUGGGGCGGAAGUGUCCAAAACAGGGCAAUGGUCAGUUAUCAGUGCACCGCUGGACAAGAUCAAUGUCCACGUCAGAGGAGGCAGCAUUGUCCCGACACAGGUGCCCGAUGUGACCACAGAGAAGAGCCGACACAAUGACUUCGGUCUGGUGGUGGCGCCGUCGGGCUCUAGGACAGCUCAAGGCUUCCUGUAUUGGGACGACGGAGAUACCUUAGAUGCACCGUUUAACAAUAUCCAAUUCAAUCUGGACGGGGAGCGUCUGACGUCCACUAUCAAGUCCAGCAACUACGCCACGACAAUGACGUUAGGGAGCAUCAACGUGUACGGUGUGGCAGCAGCGCCUUCAACUGUCAGAGUCAACGGUAUGGGCGUGGCUCACUCCUACGACUCUCACACAAAGGCUCUUUCGGUGACGCGACUGAAGGUGGAUCUCCUGAAGCCCUUUGUUAUGACUUGGUAGUUGUUCUCUUGAAUGUGAUGAUACCGUCAAGUUGGUUGAAUAAAUCAAAGGUUAUUUAAA